CCGCAAUCCGCACUAUUUAAGCCUAUUAUGGCCUGAACCGACAUAAUUCAUCUAAUUGAGUAAAUCUAAAUUUUAUGUAACUUUGUCCUAACUUGAAAUUUCAUGUUUGGUAUGAACUUCGGGGAGCAUUUUGUUAGUAUCAAAAAAUAAGUUCAUCACAAAAUACACCAGAGAAGAUGAUUUGGGGUGGCUGGGCGAUCUGGUGUGAGAGGAAUCACCGGGUUUGGCAAGGUGCAAUUUCCACAGUACAACACCUGGUAAACCAUGCUCGGGCAACAGUUGAAAAUUGGCGUCAAACCCAUGAAGGGUGCCGGAACAAGCCAUAGCAGAGGCGAAAGGUGACAAAGACUUGGAGGAAGUCGUGACCAGGGAUUUUGAAGCUGAACCGCCUGAACGUGGAUGCAGCAAUUCGAAUGAGCAAAUGCAAUCUAAGGUGGUGCCUACGGGAUGACAUGGGAGGCUUUGUGGCGGGGUCAGCCUGUUCGUGGCCGGGGAACUGGACUCCGCUUAGAGCUGAACUGCCAGGGAUCUAAGAUGUUCUCAAUUGGCUUAAACUACACAGAUGGAACAAGGUCAAGGUGGAGACCGAUGCAACUCGAGCCAUUGCAAAAAUCACACACGACUCUAGUUGUUCUUCGAUUGGCUUGUUGUAGGGAUGGAUUCGGUUCGGGCCACCCGGCCCGUGACCCGGCCCGGCCCGGUACUGUGCGGGCCCGGGACCGGCCCGGUCGGGCGGUCCGGGACCGGGUCUGGG